GACCAUGGCCAUUAGCUCAAAACAAGCAAUCCACUGAAAGAAACACAGAAACUGAGUUGCAAGUUGUGACGGAAGAAAUGGCAAAUACUAAUAAGACUCAUUUCCUUAUUAUCGCAAUGCUGGUUGUGGUUGGCAUUGAAAUCUGUAGCAAUAAUAGAGUAGUAGGUCAAUGCGAAAGCAAGAUUCCUAACCUUCAAGCUCAAUGUUCUAAAUUUGUCCAGAAACCAGGGCCUAAAAUUCAUCCAUCUGAAGCAUGCUGUAAGGCGGUGAAAAGCGUUGAUAUGCUAUGCAUCUGCAAGCAUAUUACAAAAGAAGUUGAAAAUAUAAUAAGCACGGAGAAGGUGGUCUAUGUUGCAAGGACAUGUGGUCUUACUCUCAAACCCGGAACCAAAUGUGGAAGUUACACUGUUCCACCUUCUCCAUAAGUGUCGCAAGUUAAUAUAUUAUAGAUGGGAAGGAUUGUAAUGUGUUUGCUGUGAAAAUAGAAGUAAUCCUUAUAAUAAGAAUAAUAAAAGUGUUUUUCAUGAUCGUCUCA